AUGUCCCGGCCCAAGAUCCCUGCGACGGUGCAACCGCCGUUCCCCAUUGUGAUCCGCAACACGACCGUGGUUGCUGGGUUUGGCCGCGGCUCCAGCGAGAUGGGCAUCCCCACCGCCAACGUUCCUGUUGACCAGGAGCCUGAGUUGAACAGUCUGGACACCGGGGUGUAUUUCGGGUACGUUCGUCUGAUAAAGCCGUCCACGGUGCGCGAGACGCACAAGGUGGCGCGUCACGACGGCAAGAGCGAGGUCGACUUCACGUACGGCGAGUUUCUGCGGCCAGUCGAUUUGCAAGUGCUGCCCAUGGUGAUGUCGCUUGGAUGGAACCCGUUCUUCAAGAACAGCAAGAAAGCGUGCGAGCUUCACAUCCUGCACGAGUUCAAGUCGGACUUCUACGGGUGCAAGCUCAACUUCAACAUUCUCGGGUACGUGAGGCCGGAGCUGGACUAUGUCUCGAUGGAAGCGUUGAUCAAGGACAUCCAGCUGGACAUUGCUACAGCCAAAGAGUAUUUGGAGACGGAGGAUAAGCGUGUUGAUGGCCACGGUGAGCAUUUUGCUGAACCAGAACGCGUUGAGCACGUCCAGCACGAAGUUUGUGCCGAGGAUGAUGAACGCGGUCGACACGACAAAACGCGGGUCGUUGCGCGCGUCGUACAGGUCCCAUGCCAGGCGGUAGAUCUGGUACCAGCCCCAGCAGAUUCUGGCAAGGAAGAAGGUCCAGAUCAGCACCACGUUGUUGACGAGCUCGACCCACGACGGCACGAACUUCGGGAAGUUGAUGGCGAGCCACCGGAUGUUCAAAAACGGCGUCGACACCUCAAACAGCAGGAAGAUCGGACUGUAGUAAUGGAUCAUCUGAGUGCGGAUUCCCGACAGGAACACCGUGCUGGCCAUCACGCCGUGCACCAGGAACCCGACCCCGAAGUGUUUCAGAUACCACAACGACAUGAACGUGUCCCAGACAAAGUUGUUCAUGUUGGUUCCUUCCAAAAGCUCGUCCAGAUACUCCUUCAAGGUGGCCAGGUUCGACUUGACGCUGAUCUUGUUCUCCCAUUCGAACUCGUUCCACAUCUUUCUGAACUGGGCCUCCGUACACGUAGCAGGCUUGAUGUAGUCCAUGAUGUCCACGUGCAAGUCCGACAGAAUCACAAUCGUGUUCUCGUCAGCGUGUUGUCCGUCGUAAACGAUGUUUCCAAAGAUCACACCGGUGUCCGCAGACGUGACCUUGAUGGUGGUCUGUACACGGUGGAACCCGUGUGGACCAAUGUUCUGGGUCGUUGGCUUGUCCACCACCUUCAGGUCGCCCAACGUGGCAAACUCCAGACUCAGGUUGCGCAACGUGCUGGUGGUCUGGUUAACAAGCAAAACGUCCAACGUCACGUCGAAUUGGUGCACCUUAACGUAUGCCUCAGCAUAAACAGGGUCCGAGAACCCGGUCAGCUGCUUGAUCUUCUUCAGUCUCGACGAAAGGUCCUCCUUGACGACCGUGUUGCCCGCAGCAAGAGUCAGGUCCUGCUGGUCAACGUCCUCGACCUUGUCCUUGGUGCUCAACUGUCUGAACACAAUAGCGUCGUCAACCUGUUCCGCAUUGUUCUGCAGAUUGGCCAGCUCCUUGUCCUUCUGUUGUUGGGCCUCCAGUGCAAGCUGCUGCUUGUAAGCCUCCUUAGUGUCGUCCAGGAACGCCUCGUCAAUCAAUGA